GCAAGGCUCUUACUCCUAAAACUUGAUUCAGAGAUUCUUGAACUAAUCAAAUAUAGUUGCCUGAGUUAAGAGUUUUUCAUUAGGAAAUUUUCUAGUUAAGAAAUGUUCUUAUUUUCUUGUCAAACACUAAGAAGUUGAAUAUUCAUUAAAAAAUAAGUUAUAUAUGCAGCUGUAAGCAUACUUUUAGGAUUUCUGGGUUUGUGCCAAAUUAGUUCAAGUAAUGGCUCUUAGAAUCAAAGUUUUCUUGCUAACUCUAUACAUUCAGAUUCUGGUUAUAAGGGCAGAAACAAAUCCUCAGGAAUUUGCUGCUCUAAAUUCUCUCAAAAAUCAGUGGCAGAACCAGCCAACCAACUGGGUUGGUGAUGAUCCUUGUGACAGUUCUUGGGAAGGAAUUAGCUGUAUCAAUUCAAGUGUGAUCUCCAUAGUACUUUCAGGCAUAGAUUUGAGAGGGAACCUGCCAGAAGACAUUCAGAAUCUACCUGAAUUAAGGAAAUUGUAAGUUCUA